AUGGAUUCUAAUUCAAGAGAAAAGGACCAAAUCCCGGAGUUUCUCUACGAUCAGUUUCCUUCCGAGAUAACAAUCCAUUCUUUACACUCGACUGCAGAUUCCCCAUACUCUUCUGCGUCUAAAGAUUCCAAUACUACCCACAAUCAUACCCGUUCUCCGCCUGUUUUUGCUCGAGUACAUAAAUCACCUCGCAAGCAACUUCUAACUGUCGAUACUUCUGUCAAUUCUCAUGAAUCUGUCCCCAUUAAAGUACCCCAAACUCCUCCUAUCAAUCCUUCCUCGUCUUCUUCAAAACUCACGGGCGUUUCUCCAUUGUACAACGAUGUCAGCAUGAAGUUCUCCACCAUUCUUAAUUCCAGCGACACAUCUGACCCAUCCAACCAAGAGAUCUUUUAUAGUCCGCCUGAUUUCACGUUUGAGAACUCCUCUUCUACUCCAAGUAAGCGUGACAGGUCUGCCCAUUCUUUACAGAUCCAAACUUCAACACCCGUCAAGGAACUUAAAUCUUUCAAAACGCUCACUCGUGGUGUGCUGCCAAUGAUGGCUGAAGAUGGUGAUUCAUUGAUCAUCGAUACACCACAAGAUUGCACCAUAGAAGUGGUUCUCAAGUGGCUUCGACUGCACCAAUUCAACGAUACCUGGUUACAUGUAUUCAAGGAUAAUCAUAUCGAAAAGGAGACUUUCUAUCAUCUACGGUCGUAUGAGGCUUUGAAGAAGUAUAUUCCAUUUCUCGAUACUUCUGAUUCCUUGUCUACUCCUGCAAGAUUUCUACAAUUAUUGAGGAAAGACGUAUCUAGACACUCCUUGCUUCAACCACAACCUCCUCCUCCCAUUACCUUGGAAGCUCCUCAGUCUCCUUCGUCUAUAAUUUCUAGUUCCACUCAAAAGUCAUCCAUCAGUCCAUCAUCAACUGAUAAGCCAUCCCUGUUAUCUGCAUCAGCAUCAGCAUCGGCUGCAGCUUCUGCUUCAAGAUCGGGAUCCACUUCGACGUCUUCUGAUUCCAUGUCUCCCUGGAGUAAUCCCAAUGCGCCCAUUGAGGAGAAGCAAUCAAGCACUAGAAAUUCAGAACCUUCAGACAUAGGAAAUAUCCUUGUUCCGAUUGUUUCUGCACCAAUUCCGCAUUUAUCUGUGGAAAGAGAAAAAUCAGGCGAACCACAUGAACCACAUGAACCACACGAGUUCGACGAGCUUGAUGAACUGGAUGAUUGGUACGAGUGCGAAAAUUAUGAUCUUGAGAUGGCUCCCAAGAGUGCAAGUCCACGACUAAUUCCGCGUCCCAAAGCGUCCAUAAAACCAAGACCUGUCUCUACUAUUGAGAAACCAACCUAUACUAAAAAGACUUCUGCAUCAACUUAUUCUCCUCCUUUAGUGAGACACUUUACACGAAGGCACAAAAAGUCGAGUUCUUCCGAUACAUCACUAUUUGGAGGAAGCUCUUUGAUGUUUAACACCGAAGUUUAUAGUCCAUCGUCUUUUUCACGAGCAUCAAACCAUAAUAGAAGCUUUUCAAAGGGAUCAGUGUCAGAUAGUUCUACUCCAAAAGGCUUGUUUAACAAGUUCUUUGGUAAAAACAAGACGCCAGAUAUUUCUUACAGUAAGAACUCGAAAAAAGAGGAUUCACCAGUAAGUCCGAAUUCACUAUCUUCAAUUUUCACAUCAUCCGAGACUAAGAGAUCUAAAAAGGCAUCCUUUGAUUCCGAAAAGAAAAGAAUCAGUACAUUUCUUGGUGAAUAUGGAUUUGCUUCUUCUGAAAAGAAAAGGAAAUCAGGGGACGUGUUCUUACAUCGUAGAGGUACUAUGAACAAGUCAGUACCUGCCUUCGAGAAGUUGGGACCUGUCGGUAAGAAACCAUCCCCCACUGGUGUCACCAUUCCUGUAAUUACGACAUCAAAACUUCACUCUGUGCAGAGUACGUUCUCGAUGUCCUCUGCAAAUAUGGUGCCAACAUCUACAGUAUCUCCAUCUUCUACAAAUGCUGCGGAACCGUCGUACUAUUUUGUUGACGACAAGUUUCGUCCUGCACAUAAACAGAACCCUGCAGCAAUAUACGUUCUUAUUACAGCAGAUAACACAAAUUUCCGAGCUGUUGACGUGAAUUCUAUCUCCACAGUGGAAGAAAUGAAGGAAACAUUCACCAAGGAGCUUGGAUUCACCGAUGGUGAACUUUCAAGGUUUUACCUCACGGACUUUGGGUGCAACAAAGGAACAGCCCUUGAUGAUGGUGAGCUCACAAGGCUAUUAGAUUCACAGUUUUUUGGUGGCAUUUGCAAGAUGUUUGUCCAACCCUUGACAAAGCUGAAAGCCACAUCUAAUGGAGACGGUAUCCAACUUUCUAUAGAUUCAGGCAAUGUUCCUUCACCAUCAUCGUUUACCGAAGGGACGACAGAGAAGAAAUUAGUCAUUAAUAAGAGUCUAGAAGAUUUUCAUCGCUUUGAUAACGACCAGUCAUCUAUUAUAACUAGCGACGAUCAGCCGUUGUCAAUUACAUCUUCUACUAUUUCUGGCGCUACCUUGAAAACCCCUACAACAAGUAUCUUCAGAAACAAACCGAAGACGAGAAGUCCGUCAAUUACUAGGGCUAGAUCAGUGACCCGCACCUCCGGUGAAAUUGCCCUCAAGGACUAUACAUUCACGUCGCGGACUGGCUCUGCUCACAGCAAGUCCUUCCGGGUCAUUCGACCCGAAGGCACAGAAAUCGAUUUUAAUAAGCGUAGAGAGUCACCGUUUGCUACUCCCCCUAUACCUACCAGCAGUGCCAGUAUGUUGGUAGCCUUGAGAAGUGCACCACCACCACCACCACCGCUACCAGGAACGACAGUGAAGAGGACGAAUCGUAAGCCCCCACCGGCGCUUCCGACUGAGACUUUGGAGCUAAUGAAGAGAAGAAGCUCGUUAAGAAAGCUUAUGUCCCUUUCCAGAAGAGCGACAAUUAGGAGAAAGAACACAAACGCAUCAAUAAGAAACAGGUUUGAUCCGUUUUCAGAGAACCUGAUUAGUUUCGCUGAUUCUCCAGAGCUGGAAUCCAGUUCAAGCUCUGAGGAUUCUGACUCUUCAGAUGAUCUUUUUGCCAAGAUUCCCAACAAACCUGCGGGUACUGCAACUGCUCUUUUGACACCAAUCUUUGAGAGAGGAAAGAGAAACGAUGACAGAAAGGAAGACGAAGUGGAGGAGGAUGGGGUUGGGACUGAGGACGGUAUACAAACUAAAACUGCAGGUACAGACUCCGACUUGUCUUACACGUUAUCCUCAUCAGACUCUUCGUUAGAUAUCAGACCUCCAGCUGAAGUGGUUUAUGACAACUUGGAACUUUACUUUCCGAAUGCGGAUUUGGAUAAGUUAAUUAUCGAUGAGGUUGUAUCACCACCUGUGUCUCCUAUUGUGGAGCUACCAGUGGCAUUCAAGAAACCGACGAAGCGCUCGAACCGUGAAGGAAAAUUUCAUCGGAUGAAGAGUAUUCGUAUUGUUGCACAGGAGGCUAAACGGGAGGCAGUUAAAAGACAGAGGCGCGCUCUUGGUAGCAGUCUGUUACGUCGCAAGAGUACUAAGAUGUGGGGUCAGAAAGUGGUUGAGGUGACUCCGGGAACAACUUCAGAUGUAUAUGUUAAUAAGCUUCGUGACAGGAAGGGAGAUUACAAACAGUUCGCAUGGGUGAAGGGUGAAUUAAUAGGAGUUGGCACUUUUGGAAAAGUGUAUUUGGCUUUGAACGUGACCACAGGCGAGAUGAUUGCAGUCAAACAAACCACGAUUUCUUCCAAGUUCCUAAAUAAUAGGGAAACCAAGGAGAUUGUAGGUAGCUUCAAAGCAGAAGUGGAAACUUUGAAAGACUUGGAUCACGAGAACAUCGUUCAAUACUUGGGAUUUGGCAUGAAAGAUCACACCUACAGUAUUUUCCUUGAGUAUGUGUCUGGUGGAUCCGUUGGCCAUUUGAUUAGAAGCUAUGGACGGUUUCCGGAGAGCUUAAUUCGGUACUUGACCAGACAAGUGCUUGAGGGACUUACAUACAUCCAUUCUAAAGGUAUAUUACACCGAGAUAUGAAGGCAGAUAAUCUCUUACUAGAGACCGACGGUAUCUGCAAGAUCUCGGAUUUCGGUAUCAGCAAGAAGUCCAAAGACAUAUAUUCGAAUGAGUCUGCGAUGACAUUUCAGGGUACCAUUUUCUGGAUGGCACCAGAGAUAAUUGAUGCCAAGUCCCAUAAAGGUUAUAGUGCGAAAGUGGAUAUCUGGUCUUUAGGUUGCGUGGUUUUAGAGAUGUAUGCAGGAAAAAGACCUUGGCAUGACUACGCGGUGGCCGGAGCAAUUUUCAAGUUGGGUAAGAAGACGGCUCCACCUAUUUCUGACGAAACGAAAAAGAACAUUAGCGAUUGUGGUAUGAAGUUUCUGCAGAGAUGCUUUGAAAUCGAUCCAGAUAGACGUCCUACAGCCAAAGAGUUACUACAGGAUGAGUUCUGUAAAGGGAACGAUGACUUUAAGUUCGAGAACAGUGAAUUAGCAAAGAAGAUGAGAUUUGAUGACGUUCAAGAAAAGAGACGAGUUGAAAUGAUCAAGAAAACUUCCCGGCGAUGA